UAACUUUAGCCAGUUAGGUUCAAACUACGUCGUUUAGGUCACUGUGCUAAGCAUCAGAGACGGUCGAGUGAUGGCCGAACACGGUGGGAUAACUCCGGCUCGGGCCGAUGAAGAAGAACAAGUGUGGAGCUGGGGUGCAGGAACGGACGGCCAACUAGGGACUGCUAAGCUGCAAGACGAGCAUCUCCCGCAGCUUCUCUGGCUGACGUCACUUGCUUCCAUAUCGAUGCUCGCUUGUGGCGGCGCUCACGUCAUCGCCUUGACUUCUGGUGGUAAGGUGUUGACAUGGGGAAGGGGAAACUCUGGUCAAUUAGGACAUGGGGACAUGCUCGACUCUUCUUUGCCAAAACCAGUAUCUUUCUUCGACGACUAUGUUGUAACUCAAGCCUCAGCUGGAUGGAGCCACUCUGGUUUUGUUUCAGAUUCUGGUUGCCUAUUCACUUGUGGAAAUGGCUCAUUUGGUCAGCUUGGUCAUGGUGAUAACAUGUCACUUUGCUCUCCAGCUAAAGUCUCUUACUUUGCCGAUAAGAGCGUGAAGAUGGUAGCUUGUGGUAUGCGCCACUCACUUGUCUUGUUCGCAGGAAAUCAAGUGUGCGGAUUCGGAUCUGGGAAACGCGGACAGCUUGGUUUCUCAUCAGACAAAACUAAGACACUAAUUAAUCUUCCAUGUCUUGUCUCUGGAUUAGAAGAUGUUGAGAUUGUUCGUAUAGCAGCCAAUGGAGAUCAUAGUGCAGCUAUAACCGCUAAUGGACAAAUGUUCAGUUGGGGAAGAGGUUUCUGCGGCAGUCCUGAUGUUCAAGCCCCUCAGUGUUUACCCUCAUCUCAAUUCUUCAGAGAAGUUGCUUUAGGAUGGAGUCAUGCUUUAUUACUAACCGUCGAUGGAGAAGUUUUCAAGCUUGGUAACACCCUUAAUAAACAAUCCGAGAAGCAACAACUGCAAGUAGAUCCGUCUGAACCUUUUUUGGAGAAAGUUCCAGGUUUUGAUGGAGUUAAAGUUAUGCAAAUUGCAGCAGGAGCAGAGCAUUCUGCUGCUUUAACAGAGAAUGGAGAAGUUCAGACAUGUGGAUGGGGUGAACAUGGUCAGCUAGGUGUUGGAAACACCAAUGAUCAGAACAAUCCUCAACUCGUAAGCCUAGGAAGUAUAGACCAGCGGACGAGAGAUACCAAAGUAUAUUGCGGAAGUGGAUUUACAUAUUUAGUUCGGCGAAUACAAAAGCUUUCUUCAUCAUAGAAAUGGAUGUAUCAUAUCUCUAAUGUGUGUAACAUUGUACAAUGUGAGAAGUCAAUUAUUGGCAUUAUUCUCGUCAAGAGGAAUAGUCAUUACAAUGAUGAAAA